AUGGUUCAUAAUCAGGUCAGUGGUGAUCAUGUUGACUUUGGUGUUGAUAAGGGUAUGGAUAUGUCAGAGGAUGAGGACGAUAUUCCACUUGAUUCUAAGAAAAAAAAAAAGAGGAUAGUGACUUCGAGAUCACCUUGUGAAGAAGUUAGUAGAGAUGUUGAGAAAUGUUUGCUUGAAUGGGGUAUCGAUAGGAUUUUUACGAUUACUGUUAAUAAUGCAUCUUCUAAUGAUGGAGCUAUGGUUUACUUGAAAAAGAAACUUGAAAACUUGGGUCAAAAUAUUUUAGGUGGAAAAUAUGUGCACAUGAGGUGUAUAGCACAUAUAAUCAACCUUGUGGUUCAGGAUGGUUUGAAAGGGAAGGAUGAACAUGAGGCAAUAUCUCGUAUUAGAGGGCCAGUUAGAUGGAACUCCACCUACUUGAUGUUAGAAGCUGCGAUAUGUCUUAAAAGGGUAUUUGAUGCUUAUGAAGAUAUAGAUCUUGCUUAUAAGACUGAUCUUUCAAAGAAAUCAUUUGAUGGGGUUCCUAUUGAAUCCGACUGGGAUAGGGCAAAGAUGCUAUUGAAGUUUUUGAAGCAUUUUUAUAAUCUCACAUUGUGCAUUUCCGGUUCUUCAUAUGUCACAUCUAAUAUUAUAUUUCAUAAAAUAUGUGAAGUUGAUUUGCUUUUCCGAAGAUGGUUGAAUAGUGAUGAUGUUGAAUUAAGUGAUAUGGCAAGAAAAAUGAAAGAAAAUUUUGAUAAGUAUUGGGGAUCAAUUGAAAAGAUGAAUAUGGUUUUGUAUUAUGGUGUGAUACUUGAUCCACGUUACAAAUUGGGGUUUGUAGAAUUUUUCUUUGAUAACUUAUAUGGUGGUAUUGGACAAAGUGAUGUAAUGAAAGAGAGAGUACGGGAUGGUCUUCAUGAGUUGUUUAAUGAUUACAAGUUAAGAUAUGGACACGCUCUUUAA